UUCAAUAUUACUUUCUUUCAGGGUAAAAAUGUAAUAAUUGAACAAAGUUUUGGAGGCCCAAAGAUUACCAAAGAUGGUGUAACUGUUGCUAAAGCAAUUGAACUCAAAGACAAGUAUCAAAACAUUGGUGCUCGUCUUGUGCAAGAUGUCGCCAACAACACUAAUGAGGAAGCUGGAGACGGAACAACAACUGCCACUAUCCUUGCUAGGUCCAUUGCAAAGGAAGGCUUCGAGAUGGUGUCCAAAGGAGCCAAUCCACAGGAAGUCAGACGAGGAGUCAUGCUGGCAGUUGAAGCAAUCAUUGAGAACUUGAAGAAAAUGUCCAAACCUGUGACUACCCCAGAAGAAAUCGCCCAGGUUGCAACAAUUUCUGCUAAUGGAGACAAGGGAAUUGGAGAAUUGAUCUCCUCAGCCAUGAAGAAAGUUGGCAAGAAUGGAGUGAUUACUGUAAAGGAUGGCAAGACUCUCAAUGAUGAGUUGGAGCUGAUUGAAGGACUGAAGUUUGACCGUGGAUUUAUUUCCCCUUAUUUUAUCAACACAACCAAAGGACAAAAAGUCGAAUACCAGGACUGUUUGGUUCUCCUUUGCCAGAAGAAGAUCUCUUCCAUUCAGCAGAUUGUUCCAGCACUUGAGCUUGCCAGUGCACACAGGAAACCUCUUGUUAUUGUAGCUGAAGAUGUUGAUGGGGAAGCUCUUACCACCCUUGUCCUGAACAGGCUCAAGGUUGGUCUUCAGGUGGCAGCAGUGAAAGCUCCUGGUUUUGGGGACAACCGCAAGAACACCCUUGAGGAUAUGGCCAUCGCUACGGGUGGUAUGGUGUUUGGUGAUGAUGCUCUGGAAACGAAGAUUGAAGAUGUCCAACUUCAGGAUCUUGGUGAAGUUGGAGAAGUGUCAAUCACCAAGGAUGAUACCCUGUUCUUGAAAGGAAAAGGUAUUAAAGAAGACAUUGAAAAGAGGUGCGCACAACUGAGAGAACAACUGGAAAUUACAACAUCAGAGUACGAGAGGGAGAAACUCAAUGAAAGAGUUGCUAAACUUUCUGAUGGUGUUGCUAUCUUGAAGGUAUGCUCCUAAGUCAACUCUUGCUGAAAUUGGGU